CUCUGCAUUGUUACAUACAGCGUUACUGUAGAUGGCCCCCACCUGCCUCUGGCUUUUUAUUUUUUUGUUAUUUAAGCCAUACCCAUUCCAAUUCCAUUUCUUGCUCCUUUCUUCCUUUCAUCGUUACUCUUUUUUCUCAUUUCCUUCUUCUUCAAUAACACUACGCCCGUAAAGACGUCAUGGCAACCACCACCCGUUCAGAUCCGCGUGUCUUUUGUCCCCUCGUCUUGUACCAUGACUCCCCGUCCAGUCGCUUCGCAUCCUCGCUGCAGAUGCACCAGCAGUCUCUGAUCGACCGUCACCGGGAAAAGACAACCGAAAUGCUUCAGCACAAUGCCCAAGUGUGGGCAUCCGCAAGAAAAGCCAAUGUCCACGAAAAGUACAACGCUGCAGCGGCGGAAGUAGAAGAAGACGAAGAUGUUGAUGAUGCUGCUGCUGCUGCUGAUCACAUUGAUGUGUCUCCGAGUACAAGCACAAGCUCCGCAUCGAGUGCAUCGUCGAGCUCUAGUUGGACAAGCAACAAUAGUUCGUGUGACAGCAUUGCUACGAUCGAUACUACACAUGGGGUGCGCUAUUCCUCACCUCGUCUCGGUGUGAACGACUUGUUGUCACCUGAGAUCUAUCCAUCGUCAAAAGACAUGCCUCCUCCUCCUCCUCCUCCUCAUCCUUCUCUGCACCACCACCACCACCACCAACACUUGCCCGUUCUGAAGCAGGUCACACCGUCAACAACGACACCACCGCCAUUACAGCACUACCCAUCAUCCACAUCAACGUCGACAACAGCAUCAACAACAACAAGCACAAACAAUAACAAGCCCACAACAACAACAACAACAAAUAUCGCCGCUGAUACAACCAAAAAACGUCGUCGAGGAAACCUUCCCAAAGAAGUAACCGAGUUCUUGAAAGGCUGGCUCGUUGACCACAAGAAGCACCCGUACCCGUCUGAAAAAGAAAAAAUCCAGCUCGCCAACCGCACGGGCCUGACAGUGAACCAAAUCAGUAACUGGUUCAUUAAUGCACGACGCCGUAUCUUACAGCCCAUGCUAGAGUCAGAAUCGCUCAACGCGCAGCUCAUGGCCUACUCGGAAAUGGCUUCGCUCGAACACAAGAAGCGACGCCAGCUUGAUAUAUACGCUUAUCAAGGAUUCGCAGAGAGUUACGGUGCCGAUGACAGUCGCAAAUGGGCAUUUAGACGGACUAAGCUUCCUGCAUUUGACGUUGUCGAAAACGAUCAUUACUCGCUCGCUAUGCGAUAAAUGGCGGCCCUCCACACACACCUCCUGUUGCUGUUAUUACAAUGCCAUCCACACAGUACACACCAUACCUCUAUACCAUCAUCAACAACAACAGCAGCAGC